AUGCAAGCUCUGCGGAAUGCCAGCACGUUGUCUUCAGGCAGAAUCCCCCACGUGGCGGUCAUCGGCGCCGGCAUUGCAGGGCUUCGCUGCUCGGACGUCCUGGCUCGCAGCGGCGUCAAGGUGACACUCCUGGAAGGCCGGGAUCGUAUUGGUGGGAGGGUCGACCAGCUGGAGUCAGGUGGCUACCUCGUGGACAUGGGCCCGAAUUGGAUACACGGCACCAGUGGAAAUCCCAUUAUGCAUCUCGCCGAGAAGACAGGCACGACCAUCCUGGAGCCGGAAGAGCAUCAAGCGCUUUUCGACAGCGAAGGGAAAAGGAGACCAGACGCCGAAGCGGUGGCGCUGUCGAGCAAAAUGUGGGAAAUGAUUGUCGACGCAUUCAAAUACUCAGAUGAACACUCGGCCGACAUUGAUCCCGGAGUCAGUCUAUUUGAGUACUUUCGAUCCAAGCUCGACACGGACAAGAAGCUCACCCGACAGCAAAGACAAGACCUUCUCCACGAAGCGCAGAUGUGGGGACCGUUUGUGGGCGACUCGGUUGAGAAACAGAGCCUUAAAUUCUUCUUCCUGGAAGAAUGCAUCGAAGGAGAAAAUGUCUUUGUGGCCGGAACGUACAAGGACAUCUUGAAAGAAAUCGGCCGCGUUGCCACAGACGAGAGCAAAGUCGACCUCAGACUGGGGACCGAAGUCGUUCAUUUCGAGACGAGAUCCGACGGUGACAAAGAUGAUUAUGGCAAAGUCAUCGUCACAGCCUCGUGUGGCGACCAGUCUACCUUUGACGAUGUGGUAAUCACAUGUCCUCUGGGUUGGCUCAAACGACAUCACGCUCGAGCAUUCACACCGACACUGCCCUCGAGACUGGCCUCGGCCAUCUCUCACAUCAAUUACGGACGCCUGGAGAAGCUCUACGUGACUUUCCCCUCUGCGUUCUGGCUCUCUCCCGAUGCGGAAGGGAAACCCGACCUGUCAAGCUAUCCCGUUCACACCCACUUCCACGAUCCGGCCUACGUGCCUCAUGUGUGCGGCGAAGCGUGGAACCAGUCCGUGGUGUCGCUCGCUCACCUGCCGCCACCCUGCACACAGCCAACGCUGCUGUUCUACAUCUACGGGCCGUGCGGCACGCACGUCGUAGAGUCCAUCAAGGACCUCGCCACACACUCGACAGAGUACGACGCAGUCCUCAACAGCUUCGCAUCCGCCUUCUACUCCCGUCUCCCCAACUACGACCCCAGCAGCCCGGCUUGUCAGCCCAAGUCCUUCCUGAUGACGAGGUGGCAGGCCGACCCAUUCGCCGGCAACGGCUCCUACUGCAACUUCCAGGUCGGCCUCGAGCGAGGUGACGAGGACAUCGAGGUCAUGCGCGACGCGGGGGGUCUGUGGGAAAGAGGCCUGUGGUUGGCGGGCGAACACACGGCGCCAUUCAUUGCGCUGGGAACGACGACGGGCGCGUGGUGGAGUGGUGAAGGGGUAGCGAGGCGGAUCUGUGCUAAAUGGGGUAUGAAGGUGCCCGGAGACGCGACGGCAGCGGCGGAGGAAAACGGAACUACAGGUGUACAAGGUGCUAAGAAGAAGGAAUUAGACAAAGACAGGGCAGACGCGGCGAAUCUGAGUGGAUUGGCAAUUUAG